AAACUUUGUAAAGGACUAUAUAUUGUGAAAUUUGCAAUCCAAUCUUCGACACUGCAACAUAAGAGACAAGUGCGAACAUGGGAAGUUUAAGGGUUUCCGUGUAUUUCCUGCGCUUUUAUGCUAUGGUUUCUAUUCAAAUCACCAUCAGCCAAAGCAGAAUGUGCAUCCCGGAGAAGCAAGCAGCCUUAUUCAUACUUGGAGACUCACUAUUUGAUGUCGGAAACAAUAACUACAUUAACACCACCACUUCAGCUCAGGCAAACUUCGAACCAUACGGCGGAACUUUCUUCAGGUAUCCCACCGGCAGAUUUUCCGAUGGAAGGGUCAUCCCAGAUUUCGUUGCUGAAUAUGCCAAGCUACCGCUGAUACUACCAUAUCUUCAUCCAGCAUCGUACCUUGAUUAUAUCUUUGGGGCUAAUUUUGCAUCAGCGGGAUCUGGAGCCCUGGUUGAAACUCGUCAAGGAACUGUGAUAGACCUGAAAACUCAAGUGAGUCACUUCAAACAAGUUAGCAAGCUGUUGAAGCAGAAACUGGGAGAUGUAGAAGCCAAGGCAUUGUUAUCCAAUGCUGUGUAUAUUUUCAGCAUAGGAGGAAAUGACUAUUCUGCCCCUUUCUUGACGACCUCCAGCACUGUCGUUCUUCCUUACCGUCCACAACAACUUGUCGAUGUCGUGAUUGGCAACAUAACAAGCGUCAUACAAGAAAUUUACAAGGAAGGCGGAAGAAAACUCGGAUUGCUUAAUGUGGGUCCUAUGAAUUGUUUCCCAAUAUUCAGGAUGAUGAAGAACAUAAGCAGCUUAGAAGCGUGCCAGGAAGAAGAAGCUUCAGCAAACGCAAGAUUACACAGAAGAGCUCUUCCCACAAUGCUUCAGAAGCUGGAGAAACAACUUGAGGGACUCAAGUACUCACUCACUGACUUUUACGGUGCUCUUGUUGACGUAAUGAAAUACCCUUUCAAAUAUGGUUUCUUAGAAGGGGAGGUGGCUUGCUGUGGAGGAGGCGCAUACAGAGGAGAUAAUAGCUGCGGAGGCAAAAGAGGGAUUGAAGAAUUUGAGCUAUGCGACAAUAUUAAUGACUAUGUCUUCUUCGAUUCUAGCCAUCCUACAGAAACUGCUGCUCAACAUUUCGCCAGCCUCAUGUGGACUGGGAAUAGUGAUUUCACUCACCCUUACAAUCUCAAGCAACUCUUCAACAUGUAGCUCUUUUAUAUAGAUAUAUAUAUUCCUAAGUCCACGUCACGAAUAAUGCAUGGUUGGUUUCAUUGUUGUGUACUGCUUAAACCAUAAACAUCUCUAUCCAUGUCGUAUCAUGGCUCUGCGCGCCCUAUAGGUA